GAAGCAGAGCCAAAGUUCAGAGAAGAAGAGAGAGAGAGAGAGAGAGAGAGAGAGAAUGGGGAGAGAGGUCUCAGAGAGCUGUGUGGAUAGUCUACUCACAGAGAUGGUCUCCAUGUACUGCAAUCGCUUAUACGCCAAUAAGCCCGAGCUUGCUGCAAGUAGGAUCGACGCUAUUGGCUACCAGGUCGGCCAUCAGCUCUCCGAGAGGUAUACAAUGGAGCGGCCUCGGUUUACUGAUCAUCUCGAUGCAAUUAAGUUCAUAUGCAAGGAUUUCUGGUCUGAGCUUUUCAAGAAGCAGAUAGACAACUUGAAGACCAAUCAUAGGGGUACCUUUGUGUUGCAAGAUAAUCGGUUUCGGUGGCUUUCACGCAUGUCUCUUGAUCCGUCUGCUGAAAAUGGAGACGUGUCUCAAGAAAAUUCUGAGGCCUCAGCUGAAAACAAGGCGGCACAAGUACCAAACAUGCAUCUCCAUUUCUCUUGUGGAGUCAUAAAGGGGGCUCUUCAUAACUUGGGGAUUGCUUGUGCUGUUUCUGCAGAUACUUCCCACCUCCCUGCAUGUUCAUUUGUGGUUCGUAUAAAACCCUGAUGAAAAAUUCACCAAGGAACAGCAGAGAGCCAGAAAGAUUGGGGUUCAAUUCAUUAGGUUAUCAAUUAAGACCUGUGAUUUUCUCUUUCUCUUGUGCCAGAGGGAUUUCACUAUAUUUCAGAAUUUUUUUGUAACUUUCAAACUAACAAGAGUAUUUGGGAGAAAUCUCCUUUGAAUUAGUGAACUGCUAGAAGCAGAUACUAUGGU